GACAGAAACGUUUGCACUAGUAUAAGGGACGACGUCAUGACUGGUCUUGAGGAGGUUCACAAGUCCCUCCAUUACGACUCGGCAAAGGCAGAGGUCGGGUUUCUAUGCUCUGGUGUGUGUGGCAACAAGGAUAGUGUGCACGUUGCAAAAGUAGUGGCUAGUAAGGAGCUAUGGACGUGCUCCAAAGAUAAACGUAGAGGAGGGAAACUGGAAGAGAGGCAGAAAGUCUGGCUUGAUAAAGGCACCAGUCCACGUUAUUCGCUAUCAUCA